AUGGGGACAGGCAUCCGGGAUGUGGAAAAAGUCAUAUUAGAAAAUGCUCCACAAAAUGAUAUUUUGACUUGCCCUAUGAUCCAAAAGGAUAUUAUCAAUGUUUGUACAAAAGAAAUAAUAAAGGCUAUAAUUAGAGACUUGAAUGGAGAUUACUUUGGUAUAUUAGUUGAUGAGUCCAAAGAUAUCUCACACAAAGAACAAAUGGCUCUUGUUUUGCGUUAUGUUGAUAAAAAUUGUAAAAUGGUAGAGCGAUUUGUUGGUCUUGUCCAUGUUAGUGAUACAUCAACAUGCUCAUUGAAAGAAGCAAUCUACUAUUUGCUUUCGGAGCACUCACUAAGUCCAUCACAAAUAUGUGGACAAGGUUAUGAUGGAGCUAGUAACAUGAGUGGGGAGAUAAGUGGUCUCAAGACUUUGAUUAUGAAAGAUAGUUCAUCGGCAUAUUAUAUUCAUUGCUUUAUACAUCAAUUGCAAUUAACACUUGUAGAUAUUGCUAAAAAGUAUUUGGAUGUUGAAGACUUCUUUUGUCAUGUUACUAACGUGUUGAAUGUCAUUGGAGGAUCUUUUAAGCGCAGAGAUUUGCUUCGACAUCUUCAAGCUGGAAAGUUUGAGCAACUACUUGAGUCCGGUGAAGUUCAUAUUGGGCGAGGACUAAAUCAAGAACGCGGGCUUCAAAGACCAGGUGACACUCGUUGGGAAUCACAUUUCAAAACAUUAGAUAACUUUAUUGUUAUUUUCCCAUCUAUUGUUCGUAUGCUUGAAGUGAUUAAAUAUGAAGGUUCCACCUCAAAUGAGAGAAAUCAAGCAAAAUAUCUUUUGAGUGAGAUAACAACAUUCAAAUUUGUUUGUAUGUUUCACUUGAUGUUGAAAGUUUUGGCAAUGUCAAAUGAGUUGAACAAGAUCCUACAAAAAAGGGAUCAAGAUAUUGUUAAUGCCGUAGAGUUUCUUAACAUCACAAAGAAAAGAUUGCAAGAAAUGAGAGAAAGUGGAUGGGAAUCUUUACUAAAUAAUAUUUCCUCAUUUUGUGUUAUGCAUGACAUUUUGAUUCCCAAGAUGGAUGAAUCUUAUUUUCCUGGAAAGUCGAAGCGCAAGUCUUCCGGUGUUUGUUAUUCACACUACUUGCGUGUUGAUAUCUUUUAUGUUGUAAUUGAUGCGCAACUUCAAGAGCUUAAUAACCGUUUUGAUGUAGUGAGUAGCGAUUUGCUUCUCGGGAUGGUUAGCUUGAAUCCAGCCAAUUCUUUUGCUAAUUUUGAUAAAGGUAGAAUAAUGACUUUAGCAAAAUAUUAUCCAAAUGAGUUUGAUGAGGUACAGAUUCGAGACUUGAGUUAUCAACUUGAUACUUUUAUAGUUCAUAUGCUCGCUGGUAAUCCCAAGUUCUCCAACUUACAAGAAAUUAGUGAUUUGUCAAAAGCAUUGGUUGAGGCAAAUUCUUGUACAGACUUAUUCGUAUGUUUAUUUACUUGUGAAGUUGACUCUGAUUUUACCUGUUGUUACCGUAACUGUGGAGAGAGCAUUCUCAUCCAUGAAGCAGAUAAAGAAUGA